CCCGCGUGUUUUCGGACUGCACCAGCCGGAGCCCCGCGGCGCCGCGGCGGCGGGCGGAGGCGCCUCGUCUGUCGCCGCCCCCACUGGUGCCCGCGCUGCGGCGGUGGCUGGGGGCGCUAGGAGCGGGGGACCGUGCGCUCCGCACCUGCGGAGGCCGCUGGGCGAUGAUGCCGGGACGCUGGCCCAGGCCGCGGGCGUUCUGAGCCUGAGCGCAGCGCCGGCCCCGGGAAUGCCCAUCGCGCUGCUGGCCCUGGCCAUGUCGUCGUCCUUCUUCAACCCCAGCUUCGCCUUCAGCUCCCACUUCGACCCGGGUGAGUCCGCGCGGCGCCCUCGGAGGCGGCCUUGCGGCUGCAGCUGCCCCCCCACCUGUCUUCCCACUGCCGACAUGAUGCUGCUGGAGCCACGGUUUCCCAUUUUGCCUGGAAAUUAACCCUUUCUCUGCCCUGAGUCCCCGCAGAAGAACAGGGACCGGCGAGGACCCACUACAGGUCUCCGGAGGUGGGCAGGCCUUGGGGCCAGACCCUCUGCACAGCCGGCCCCUUCAGCUCUGGCUGGCAGCAUCAGCCCCUGUCUCUUUGGAUGCCUCCCUGGCGCAGACGGUGCCCCGCUCAGUGAGCUGUCCUGGUCGUCGUCCCUUGCAGUGGUUGCUGUGUCCUUCUCGGGGCUCUUCACUGUCAUCGUCCUCAUGCUGGCUUGCCUGUGCUGUAAGAAGGGCGGCAUUGGGUUCAAGGAGUUUGAGAAUGCUGAGGGGGACGAGUAUGUGGCCGACUUCUCGGAGCAGGGCUCCCCGGCCGCAGCUGCGCAGAACGGCCCGGAUGUGUAUGUCUUGCCCCUCACGGAGGUCUCCUUGCCCAUGGCCAAGCAGCCGGGUCGCUCAGUGCAACUUCUCAAGUCCACGGACCUGGGCCGGCACAGCCUCCUGUACCUAAAGGAGAUUGGCCACGGCUGGUUUGGGAAGGUGUUCUUGGGGGAGGUCCACUCGGGUGUCAGCGGCACGCAGGUGGUGGUGAAGGAGCUGAAGGCCAGCGCCAGUGUGCAGGAGCAGAUGCAGUUCCUGGAGGAGGCACAGCCCUACAGGGCCCUGCAGCACGGCAACCUGCUUCAGUGUCUGGCCCAGUGUGCUGAGGUGACCCCCUACCUGCUGGUUAUGGAGUUCUGUCCGUUGGGGGACCUCAAAGGUUACCUUCGGAGCUGCCGGGUGACAGAGUCCAUGGCCCCUGAUCCCCUGACCUUGCAGCGCAUGGCGUGUGAGGUGGCCUGUGGGGUCUUGCAUCUACAUCGUCACAAUUACGUACACAGCGACCUGGCCCUGAGGAACUGCCUGCUAACAGCUGACCUGACGGUGAAGGUCGGCGACUAUGGUUUGUCACACUGCAAAUACCGGGAAGACUACCUCGUGACUGCCGACCAGCUGUGGGUUCCUCUGCGCUGGAUUGCGCCAGAGCUGGUGGACGAGGUGCAUGGCAACCUGCUGGUGGUCGACCAGACCAAGGCCAGCAAUGUGUGGUCCCUGGGUGUGACCAUCUGGGAGCUCUUCGAGUUGGGUGCGCAGCCGUAUCCCCAGCACUCGGACCGGCAGGUGCUGGCUUACGCCGUCCGAGAGCAGCAGCUUAAGCUGCCCAAGCCCCAGCUGCAGCUGAGUCUAUCUGAUCGCUGGUACGAAGUGAUGCAAUUCUGCUGGCUGCAGCCGGAGCAGAGGCCCACGGCUGAAGAGGUUCAUCUACUGCUGUCUUACUUGUGCGCCAAGGGCACCACGGAGUUGGAGGAGGAGUUUGAGCGGCGCUGGCGCUCCCUGCGGCCCAGCGGCAGCACGGGCCUGGGGUCAGGUUCCACUGGCGCGGCAGCUGCCGCCGCGGAGCUCGCCGCUGCCUCGUCUUUCCCGCUGCUGGAGCAGUUCACCAGUGACGGCUUCCACGUGGACGGUGACGACGUGCUGACAGUAACCGAGACAAGCCACGGCCUCAACUUCGAGUACAAGUGGGAGGCGGGCUGUGGCGCGGAGGCGUUCCCACCCCCAGGGGGCGGCGUUUCGAGCCCAGACUCCGCGGCGCGCCUGCAGGAGUUGUGUGCACCCGACAGCUCACCCCCGGGAGUGGUGCCUGUGCUCAGCGCCCACAGCCCCUCGGUGGGUAGCGAGUACUUCAUCCGCCUUGAAGGGGCAGUACCUGCUGCUGGCCAUGACCCGGACUGUGCUGGCUGUGCUCCCAGUCCCGAAGCUGGCACUGACCAGGAUAACAACUCCGAGGACAGCACCGCCACUUCUCUCGUUAUGGAGCCACUGCUGGGCCACGCACCUCCCUCUGGGGGCCUGUGGGGCUCCUGUGACCACCAUUCGUGUAGGAGGCAAGAACCGCCCAGCCACUCACGCUCACCCUCUCCUGGGACCCCGAUGUUGCCGACUGAAGACAUAGACUGGGGUGUGGCUACCUUCUGCCCACCCUUCUUUGAUGAGCCAUUGAGUGCCUCUCCCUCUGGGAGUCCUGAGGCCCAGCCAUCCCCCAGCGACGAGGAGCUGGAGGAGGAGAAGGCCGGGAGGGCUGCUCACCGCGGACACUGGAGCUCCAAUGUUUCAGCCAACAAUAACAGCGGCAGCCGAGACCCAGAAUCUUGGGAUCCCGGCUAUGUGAGCAGCUUCACAGACAGCUACAGGGACGACUGUUCCAGCCUAGAGCAGACCCCACGGGCCUCCCCUGAGCUGGGCCACCCUCUGUCCCAGGAGGAUCCCAGAGAAUUUCUGCCUGGGCUUGUGGUAGCAGCCUCUCCCGGUCAGGAGUCAAGCCGCUGCUACAGCCUGCUCCCUCUGUGUCCUGCCAAAGGCCUGGCACCUGCUGCUUGUCUGGCCACACGCCCCUGGACAGAGGCAGCUGUAGGUGGGGGUGAGAGCCCGCAGCUGGAACCCAGACUUGCCCAGGAGGCCGAGGCCUCUGCUGAAUCCCAGCUAUCCCUUCCUUCUGUCCCCUCCCCAUCUCACGAAGGAGCCUCACUUCCUUCAGAGGAGGCAAGUGCUCCCCACAUCCUGCCUGCCUCUCCCACACCCGCUGCUGGCAGCUGGGUGACUGUCCCUAAGCCAGCCCUUAGUCUGGACAGCUGCGGCAGUUCUCUGGGGCAGGAGGCACCCAGCAGUGACGAGGACGCUACCGAGGCUACGUCGGGAGUCUUCACCGACUUGUCCAGUGAUGGCCUUCACGCUGAGAAGCCAGGCAUAGUACCAGCCUUGCGCUGUCUGCAGAAGCAGGUGGGGACCCCUGAUUCGCUGGACUCUCUGGACAUCCCGUCCUCAGCCAGCGAUGGUGGCUGUGAGGUCUUGAGCCCAUUAGCUGCUUGUCCCCAUGCCGGGCAGCCCCGUGCCGCAGACAGUGGCUAUGAUACAGAGAACUAUGGGUCUCCAGAGUUUGUGCUCAAAGAGGCCCAUGAGGCGAGCGAGCCUGAGGCCUUUGGGGAACUAGCCUCAGAGGGUGAGAGCCCAGGGCCCGAGACUUUGCUCUCUGUCUCCCUUGGUGGCCUCAGCAAGAAGAACCCCUACCGAGACUCUGCCUACUUCUCGGACCUGGAUGCUGAGUCUGAACCCACCUUUGGCCCUGAGAAGCGCGGUGGGGUCCAGGACUCCCAAAAGGAGCAAGACCUAAAGAGCCCACCUAGUUCAGGGCAUCAGUCUGGGCAGGCUUUUCCCGGGCCUGAGGUGCCCAGGGAGGCCCCAGCUACUAACCCCAGGGAGGUGCUGCCCCCACCACAGCAGCAGGAGGAGUCCUUGCCGGAUGGCCCCAGGCCAGAGCCUCUUGGGGCUCAAGGCCCAGUCGAGGGGCAGCCUGGACCCAGCUCUAGUCAUUCCAAACGCUUCCUGCUGGCCUCAGUCCCACUGAGCUCAGAAGGCAAUGGCGUGGAGCCCCAGGACCCCCCAGGGCCAGCCCCGCUUGGGAGAAUGGGAAGUCCUAGCGUGCCCAGAUCCCCACUCUGUCUGGCCCUACCUGGCCGUCCAGGGGCUUUGGAGGGCCGGCCAGAGGAGGAAGAGGAGGGCAGUGAGGACAGUGAUGAAUCUGAAGAGGAGCUUCGAUGCUACAGCAUCCAGGAGCCCAGCGAGGACAGUGAGGAGGAGCCACUCGCGGUGCCUGUGGUCGUGGCUGAGAGUCAGAGCGCCCGCAAUCUGCGCAGCUUGCUGAAGAUGCCCAGCCUCCUGUCUGAGGCCUUCUGCGAGGACCUGGAGCGCAAGAAGAAGGCCGUGUCCUUCUUUGAUGACGUCACGGUCUACCUCUUCGACCAGGAGAGCCCCACCCGAGAGACUGGGGAGCCCUUCCCCAACACGAAGGAUUCACUCCCCACGUUCCCGGAGGGUAGCCCCGGCUCACCCAGUGCCCCGGGCCUGCCGCGGCGGGCUGACCACUUGCCCGACAGCUCCACUCCUGAACAGGGCAGUAGGCUCGAAUGGGAUGAUGAGUUCCCACUGGUGCCUGGCAAGGCUGCCUUGGUGACUGCACUGGACCCAGUGGACCCCGUCCUGGCCGCGCCCACCACGCCAGCUGCGCCCUUCUCACGGUUCACCGUGUCUCCCACGCCUGCCUCCCGCUUCUCCAUCACUCACGUAUCCGACUCGGAGGCCCAGUCGGUGGGAGGCCCAGCAGCAAGCACUGGGGGCCGAUGCACAGAGGCUUGAGGCCCCGGUAGUUUCGCCCUUCGGAGGCUGGCGUCACUGGAACCCCUGCCAUCCUGUCCGGGCAGCAGCAAGGAUGGUGACUGGAAAUGAGUGGGGACCACCGACCCCCCCACAGCUUCCUGGAGAAGCAGGUGGAUGAGAGGCCUCUAUCUAGCUCUGGACGUGUGGGGCCGUGGUCCUCCUGUGCUACCUGAUGGGAGAAUGUGUCCUGAGUGGACACUGGGGUUUGCUGCUAGCCCCUGGACAUACCUGAAGCCCGAUGGCUUAUGGGUGUCUGUAAGCAUAUACAUGCACACUCAAGAAGGGCCCCCGACCCCUAGGUGGCUCUGCACUCCUGGGCAGGCCCCCCCAUCACCUCCCUGCAGCCACUCUUCCUUAUAUGGCUGAUGGUGGUGAAUUGGCCUCCGGCCAGGACCAUGCAAUCCAAGGGCCUGCAUGCCCUGUUGGCUACAUCCUGCCUCGUGUUCAAAGGACACUUGGCCAGGUUUCAAGGCUUUAAGCCUAUAGGUCCCUUUUGGGUCCCCCACAUUUCUUACUUGGGUCUAGAUUUGCUCAGAGCAAGGUCGGACCCCUGGGCUCCAAGCCCUUAUCUCAGAGUCUGUGGCUGGCUCCCCUUCACUUUGUCUGCAGAAGCCCAUCCCGAUAGGGGCCUAGGUCCUGCUGCUUAGCAGAGGCUUCCAGGCUGCAGCCGGACGGCCCCAGAGAUGCCCUCUACAGGGUAGUGUGGGCACUCUCCCUCACAGAGCGGAACCCUGCCCCAUACCCUGGCCAGAGAAUAGGGUGUACCCUACAGCCACUGUGGGGCUCCUGCCUGCAGGCAGGGCUGGGAGAAAACAGGGCUGGGGUGGGCUGCACAGGGAAUAUUUUUUGUAAUUUGCUGGAGUGAAUGGAGACGGGGUGAUUCUAAGUUAUUGUUGCCAAAGACCUGUAAAGUGUAUUGUCGCUUUGGGGGCGGGGCAAUGGGUUUUGUUUUUGUUGUUUUUAGUUUGAGGCUUAGGAUGCUGGUGCAAUGAUUUUCUUGUUCCUUGUUUUUUAAGAGAAACCAAGCUAAGAAAAAAAAAAAACAGCCUUUGUGC